AUGCGCAUUGUCAACAGUAUCGAGCGGGAGAUGGUGCAGUCAGAGUGGGAAAACUGGCUCGCGGACGAGAACGUCCGUUGUGACAAGCUCAAGAUGGUGCUGGAGGAGAACGGGGCGGGCGCCAAGACCAAGCGCAGCGGCAGCCAAAAGGUCAUGACGUCCGCUAUGGACGAAGGCAAGAAGGAGACGUUGCGUGAGUGGUACGAUACAUACUGCGGAAGUUGUAAGCUGGAUCACCAGGCGUUAAUGAGCGAGCGAAACUCGUUGGCGAGUCUGUAG